GUGCACUGUGUGUACUGUGUGUAGAAGUGCAGGUAGCAGGUGUGCGUGGUGUGAUCUUGCAAUGUGAAGAAUCUAAACCGAGUUAUAUUUUUUUCACCUUUUGACGAGGCUGGAACACACUGAUAACAAGAAAAGAGACGAAGAUCUAUUCUAAUUAAUUGAGGACACUGGUGUGUGGAAAUGGGACCUGAUAAUCAACUUCGACAAAAUGAAGCUAUGCCAAAAAUUGAUAUAAUAAAAGAUGCAACAAAGCUUAAGUCUACAGAUAUGAUUUAUAUGAAACGUAUGGAAGAACAGAAUUUGCAAAGAGCAAAAAACGUACUGAAAUAUCGUAAAGCUAAUAAUCGUACCGCUAUUGCUUUAAGCCUUGGAGUCAUUGGAAUCUAUGCUUAUACAAUAUAUGCAGUUAAACAGGAAAAAUUCUUAGAUGACUUUGAAGUGCCAGAAAAGACAAUUGAGAAAGCUAUAUAAAAAGUUACUUUGUUUGAAAUGUUAAUAAAGAAGUUUACUGCUUAUUGUAUUAAAUAGAUAGUAUAUUUUUGCUUAUAUAAUAGAAGCUUAUUUUUUAAAGUGAUAUUUUUUUCCUUUCUGGAGAUUAUACUUUGUAAAUCUCCACUGUUUCACAUAAGUGUGUCUGUACAAGAUUAACAUUUGAAGAUGUC